AUGGAGAAUCCAUGGGCUUUUGUAGCCUCAUUGCCGAGUGUUGGGAAAAAGCGGGUGCGGGGUAUACAUGAAGGUAAUUGUGUGGGGAUGCUAUACAUGUUGGUGAGUACAGAUGACGAAAGAUAUGUCGAAGUGCGGCAGGUGAUGACAGAUAGUGUGAAAGGAGGUGAUGAUUGGGAGUAUGUUGAGUUAAGAGGAAGAGUUGAGGUCGAUGAGAAUGUUAGUGACGACAAGAGGUGGUGGUUGAUGCAGAUGUUGUGGGAUAGGCGGGGUGCGUUGAGUCGUGGUGAAGAGGAUUUUUGGGGGUCUAAGCUUCCCGAAUUCAAGAUAGUUUUGGAAGACGAUACCCCCAUAUAUCAACGUCCUCGACACUUUUCCCCGCCUAUUACCCAAGAGAUUGAAGAGCAGUGUGAGGAGCUUGAUAGAGUGGGAGUGAUAGAGAGGAGUGAGAGUGCCUGGAAUAGCCCCAUAGUCCCUGUACGUAAGCCGGAUGGAAGUCUGUGGAUGUGUGUAGAUUAUAGGAGGGUGGAUGAAGUGACUGUGAAGGAGCGAUUUCCGAUGAAUGUGGUGUCUGAUUGUCUGUACAAGAUGCAUGGGAUGAGAGUUUUACCAAAUUAG